UUCAACUCCCUCAUUCCUCUCUCUAGAGACUCUCUUUCUCUCUCUUAAAAAAAAAAAAAAAAUUGUAGAGAGAUAGAGAGAAGGCCAAAGGCAAAGCCACCUGUUCUUCCUGCAUAAACCAUCAACAAAAACCAAACACCACCUGUGAUCAAUUUGAGAUAGAUAGCUAACCCAAAAACCCUACUUCACUUUCUCUCUCAUCCUCGUCUCUCAUCUCUCAUCUCUCAUCUCUAUCCCUAUUUCCAACCCUUUUCCUCCAAUUUGGUUUUGUUAUCUCUACCCUUCAAUUACAUAUACAUACACAAACAAAUAGAAGAAUCACUCUUUAAGAUCACCCAAAUCUCAAAAACCCCAACUUCUUUCUCCUCUCUCUCUAUACAUAUAGAGAGAGAAAAAUUGUUGUGUGUGUACUUUUUGUUUGUUUGUUUGUGGGUUUGGUUUGGGUGGUUUUGAUUCCAUGGCCGCCGGUGUCGAGGCGUCUUAUGGUGAGGAAGCUCCUGUGGUUCAGUCCUCACCCAACACUGACACUGUUAAGAAUAAUGGUAAUGUUGAUGCUGAAACCAAUGUUGAAUCUGUGAAUACUGGUGAUUCGAAAUCGGAAUUCAAAAAAAUGCAAGACAUCGUCGACAUGUUGUCGAAGCUGAAGUUGAAUCCUCUGGCCAAGGAAUUCUUUCCUUCUUCUUAUCUGAAUGAUCGUAAUCGCGAUCAAUUGGCUCCCGACAAUUUAUCUCCAGUUAAUAAGCAUUUGGGCAGUGAUGGGUUCCCCAACAAUCGAAGGAGAAGAAACAGUUAUAACCAGGGGAGGAGAAAGUUGAAUGGCAGGGCUUUUAGAGCUCAAAGAGAAGAUAGUAUUAGGCGAACGGUGUAUGUUUCUGAAAUUGAUCAUAGGUCACUGGAAGAGCGUCUUGCUGCCUUGUUUAGCAAUUGUGGACAAGUUGUUGAUUGCCGAAUUUGUGGCGAUCCACAUUCACGUCUUCGCUUUGCAUUUGUAGAGUUUGCUGAUGAGCGAGGUGCAAGAGAUGCUCUUAACUUUUGUGGGACAAUCAUAGGUUUCUAUCCAAUCAGGGUCUUGCCUUCGAAGACUGCUAUCCUUCCUGUGAAUCCAACAUUUCUCCCCAGGUCAGAAGAUGAACGAGAGAUGUGUGCAAGGACGGUCUAUUGUACAAAUAUUGAUAAGCAGAUUUCUCAAGCUGAUAUCAAGCUCUUUUUCGAAUCAUGCUGUGGUGAGGUUUCUCGCCUGAGGCUUUUGGGGGAUAAUGUGCAUUCAACUCGCAUUGCUUUUGUUGAAUUUGCUAUGGCAGAGAGUGCCAUUGCAGCACUGAAUUGUAGCGGGAGGCUCUUGGGAACCCAACCCAUCAGGGUAAGUCCUUCAAAGACCCCUGUGAGGCCUCGUGUUCCUCGCCCUGCCUACAUUAACUGAUCCAAUUGGCAGAGCCGGAGAGAGCAAUGGAUGGAAGUCAAAUGUACUCCCUGUUGAGAGAGAAUGAUGUUGUGCUCAAGUGCCGAACCUUUCUUUUUCAUUUCAGUGUUUCUAUCCUUUUUUAUAGCAACAGUAACUUUUUCCUGCAACUGUGAACGUUAUCGUGACCCUGCUUCAAUCGAAGUUUUUUGGGGACGGUUUGGUUCGACUUUUAACUUAAAUCCUUGCUUGUUUUUGCAAUGCAAUCUAUGACUUUGACAAUGCUGGUUCCCGUUA